AUGGAUCACAAGAGCGAUUCACUUCCGCGGCAGGGACCCAGCUGGCUGCGUGGGCGGCCACGCCGGCGAUCGAAAACAGUGCGAUUCUUGGCUCUUGGCUGCUUGUGUUUCAUCGCUUUCGCGCAGUGGAAGCAACUUUCCCCGUCUUCGGUGCUGCCGUCCAGUGCGGAGAUUACAGUACACGGCCUCUCAGUCAAACAAUUGCAUGACGACCUCGCCACCUGCAGCAAGCUGAAAAGCAAGGCCUCCGACCCGAUUGGCUUAGGAAGGGAGCGCAACGCGCGCUACGUCAAAGGCCAUGCGCCCACCCUCAUUAAAAAUGCCAACGUUUGGGUCGGUGAGCCAACCAAGGGCACUCCGCCUGAAGCCGCCCGUCGCGGCGUAGGAUUCAACUGGGUCGUUGCAGACGUGUAUAUGGAGCAUGGACUGAUCAAGCGCGUCGAAGCUUCCAUCAGUCUGUCCUCCGUUGCAGAGAACACCAUCGUCUUCGAUGCCGGAGGACGGCCCCUAACCGCCGGUAUCAUCGACAUGCACACUCAUGCCGGCGUCGAGUCUCUGCCAGGCCUUUGGGGAACCAGUGAUGGCAACGAAAUGUCGUCUGAUAUCACCCCAUACCUCCGGGCUAUCGAUGGCCUGCAGCCCAACGACCCACAGAUCCAGGUCAUCAAAUCGGGCGGCGUGACCACGAGUCUGAUGCUUCCCGGCUCCGCAAACAACAUGGGCGGGGAGGCGUAUGUGAUUAAACACGCUGUUGGCGAGCGGGACGGGCGCAACGAGACCAGUGCCGCAGACAUGCUCGCGGACCCUGACCGUAACUGGCGCUUCAUGAAGAUGGCUUGCGGUGAGAACCCUAAGCGGCUCUAUGGCAAACCUGGCGAGCAUGGACCGACGUCUCGCCUCGGCGAGAGUUGGGAGUUUCGGCAUGCCUUUGAGCAAGCGUCAGCGUUGGUGAGGCGGCAGGAUGACUGGUGCCACAUGGCAGCUGUGUCAGGCAUACACAGCAUGAAGAGCUACUUACCGCAGGAAAUUCGCUGGGAGCCCUUGGUAGCUCUCUUGCGGGACCAGGUGCGCUUGAACACUCACUGUUACACCAUUCCGGAUCUCGAGGCCUUUGUAGACCACACAAAUGAGUUCAAAUUCAAGGUCCGGGCCUUUCACCACGCUCAUCAGACAUACCUAGUCCCCGAGAUUCUCAAACGCGCGUAUGGCGGAGAAGCUCCAGCAUCAGCCCUCUUUGCUGACAAUAUGUGGUACAAAGCCGAGGCGUACUGGGGAUCCGAGUACGCUGGAAAGGUUUUGUACGACAACGGGCUGACACCGAUAUAUGUUAGCGACAAUCCUGUCUUAAACGCCCAGCAUGUGCUGUUUGAGGCUGCGAAGGGAUAUAAGUAUGGUCUGCCUUACCACGCAGCCCUCGCCGCUGUGACAACGGCCCCUGCUGAGAGACUGGGGUUCGGCCAGAGGUUAGGCAAGAUCAAACCGGGAUUCGAUGCCGAUAUCGUGGUAUGGGAUAGCGACCCUCUCAGUGUUGGCGCGACGCCUGUUCAGGUAUGGAUCGAUGGCACAGCGCAGUUUGACAAUCCGGUGAAGCUGAAAAAGCCCGCUCCCAAAACCAUGUCACCGGACGAAAGCCUUUCCGAGACCACCAAAGAAAAACCUGUUGUAAUGGAUGAGGUCGUCUUUACCGGUGUCUCAAAGGCCAUUCUCAGGGAGGCAAGUGAAAAUCUAGCUCCACAAGCGAACAACAUGACUGUGGUCGUGUCCACAGGAAAGGUGGUUUGCAUCGGUGAUUGCAAGACCGAACUGCAAGCCGCCGUCAGGUCCAAUACCCCCAUCAUCAAUCUCAAGAAUGGCUACUUCACCGAGUCACUCACCGCAUUUGGUUCUACUAUCGGGCUAAACGCCAUCGACGCCGAGCGAGACACAGAUAACGGCCCGAAUCCGGACAGCUUCACCCGCGCCGAAGACGGCCUCCUUGUCGACAAUAAGAAGCUCCGCGUCGCCCACAGCUAUGGUGUUACAAAAGCCAUCUCUGCUCCCAAAUACAGUGACGCCGGGGGUUACCACGGCACCAGCGUGGGAUUUUUGACCAACGUCAAAACAGCCCUCGACAAGGACGCCAUAUUCGCCGGCGACGCCGCAGUACACUACACGCUCGAUGUUUCAGCCACUGGAGCUGACGGCCCAAACACGCCGUCUUCCAUGUCCGCUGCAAUCGGCACUCUCCGCCGCAAGCUUCUCACUGCCGCUUCCACCCUCAACGACACCACCGGAGAGGCCUACUCUGAGCCCUUGUUCCUUCGGAAGGUAGUCAACGGCUCCCUCCCGCUCGUCAUUAACGUGCACAACGCCGACACCAUUGCUGCGUUGCUCAAGGUGAAGUCUGCCGUUGACGACGUCACGGGCUCCAAGAUACGGCUAGUCAUUCUAGGUGGUGCUGAGUCGUACCUUCUCGCGGACGAACUUGCUUCUGCCAAUGUCGGCGUCGUACUGGCACCGCUGCAGUCAUAUGCCAAGUCCUGGGAUCAGAGGCGGGCCCUGACCGGCGCACCCCUCACGAACGGCACCUGUGUGGACAGGCUGCUUGAUGCCGGGGUGUUGACUGCGAUUGGGCUGGAGGAAGACUGGCUGGUGAGAGACCUGGGGUUGCUGGCAGGGAUUGUGUUUGCUAAUGGCGAGGGGAGGGUGGAUGAGAGAGGGGCGUUGGAGAUGGUGGGCGGCAAUCUGUACAAGAUGCUUGGGUUGGAGGAGCCAGGGGUUGACAAGGGGCAUUUUGUGAUCUGGGAGGGCAGCCCGUUGGAGAUUAACGGGCGGGUGAAGGCGGUUGGUGGAGGGAUUGGGAAUACAGUAUCUGUGUUUUGA